UCCCUGCGCCGCUGCGCGAGUCAGAGGCUGAAUGAGGAGCUGCGCGAGGGAAGCGGGGCGCCGGGGGAGGAGGCGGCGGGAUGGAAGCAGACGCUGGCGUCGCGCGAGCCUGGGGCUGAGCGACGCGGUAGAGAGGGCGGCGGCGGCGGCGGCGGCGCGCGCGGAGCCUGGACGUGCCCUUUUCUUUCUUCUCUGCCUGGGAAGCUGGGAAGCAUGAGAGUGCAGCCCUGCCGCUGCGGCGGCCGCCCCGGCUCCUUGCCUCCCCGUCUUCUUGCCGCCCCUCGCCGGUGAGAGAAGAGAACGCGAGAAGGGAAGAUGGGGGCCGUCCUGAGGAGCCUCCUGGCCUGCAGCUUCUGUGUGCUCCUGAGAGCGGCCCCUUUGUUGCUUUAUGCAAACAGACGGGACUUGCGAUUGGUUGAUGCUACAAAUGGCAAAGAGAAUGCUACGAUUGUAGUUGGAGGCUUGGAGGAUGCAGCUGCGGUGGACUUUGUGUUUGGUCAUGGCUUGAUAUACUGGAGUGAUGUCAGCGAAGAAGCCAUUAAACAAACAGAAUUUAACAAAACUGAGAGUGUACAGCGUGUUGUUGUUUCUGGAAUAUUGUCCCCCGAUGGGCUGGCAUGUGAUUGGCUUGGAGAAAAAUUGUACUGGACAGAUUCCGAAACCAAUCGGAUUGAAGUUUCUAAUUUAGAUGGAUCUUUACGAAAAGUUUUAUUUUGGCAAGAGUUGGAUCAACCCAGAGCUAUUGCCUUAGAUCCUACAAGUGGGUUCAUGUACUGGACAGACUGGGGAGAGGUGCCAAAGAUAGAACGUGCUGGAAUGGAUGGUUCAAGUCGCUUCAUUAUAGUAAACAGUGAAAUUUACUGGCCGAAUGGACUGACUGUGGAUUAUGAAGAACGAAAGCUUUAUUGGGCAGAUGCAAAACUUAAUUUCAUCCACAAAUCAAAUCUGGAUGGAACAAAUCGGCAGGCAGUGGUUAAAGGUUCCCUUCCACAUCCUUUUGCCUUGACGUUAUUUGAGGACACAUUGUACUGGACUGACUGGAACACACACUCCAUUUUGGCUUGCAACAAGUACACUGGUGAGGGUCUGCAUGAAAUCCAUUCUAACAUCUUCUCUCCCAUGGAUAUACAUGUCUUCAGCCAACAGAGGCAGCCAAAUGCUACAAAUCCAUGUGCAAUUGACAAUGGUGGUUGUUCCCAUUUGUGUUUGAUGUCACCAGUCAAGCCUUUUUAUCAGUGUGCCUGCCCCACUGGGGUCAAACUCCUGGAGAAUGGAAAAACUUGCAAAGAUGGUGCCACUGAAUUACUACUUUUAGCUCGAAGGACAGACUUGAGACGCAUUUCUUUGGAUACACCAGAUUUUACAGACAUUGUUCUGCAGUUAGAAGACAUCCGUCAUGCCAUUGCCAUAGAUUACGAUCCUGUGGAAGGCUACAUCUACUGGACUGAUGAUGAAGUGAGGGCCAUACGCCGUUCAUUCUUAGAUGGAUCUGGCAGUCAGUUUGUGGUCACUGCUCAAAUUGCCCAUCCUGAUGGUGUUGCUGUGGACUGGAUUGCACGAAAUCUUUAUUGGACAGACACUGGCACUGAUCGAAUAGAAGUGACAAGGCUCAAUGGGACCAUGAGGAAGAUCUUGAUUUCAGAGGACUUAGAAGAACCCCGGGCUAUUGUGUUAGAUCCCAUGGUUGGGUACAUGUAUUGGACUGACUGGGGAGAAAUUCCAAAAAUUGAACGAGCAGCUCUGGAUGGUUCUGACCGUGUAGUACUGGUUAACACAUCUCUUGGUUGGCCAAAUGGUUUAGCCUUGGAUUAUGAUGAAGGCAAAAUAUACUGGGGAGACGCCAAAACAGACAAAAUUGAGGUUAUAAAUACUGAUGGCACCGGGAGACGAGUAUUAGUGGAAGACAAAAUUCCUCACAUAUUUGGAUUUACUUUAUUGGGUGACUACGUUUACUGGACUGACUGGCAGAGGCGUAGCAUUGAAAGAGUACAUAAACGAAGUGCAGAGAGGGAAGUUAUCAUAGAUCAGCUGCCUGACCUCAUGGGCCUAAAGGCCACAAAUGUUCAUCGAGUGAUUGGUUCCAACCCCUGCGCGGAGGAAAAUGGGGGAUGUAGUCAUCUCUGCCUCUAUAGACCUCAGGGCCUUCGCUGUGCUUGCCCUAUUGGCUUUGAACUCAUCAGUGACAUGAAGACCUGCAUUGUCCCAGAGGCUUUCCUUUUGUUUUCACGGAGAGCAGAUAUCAGACGAAUUUCUUUGGAAACAAACAAUAAUAAUGUGGCUAUUCCACUCACUGGUGUCAAGGAAGCUUCUGCUUUGGAUUUUGAUGUGACAGACAACCGAAUUUACUGGACUGAUAUAUCACUUAAGACCAUCAGCAGAGCCUUUAUGAAUGGCAGUGCUCUGGAACACGUGGUAGAGUUCGGCUUGGAUUAUCCAGAAGGCAUGGCAGUAGACUGGCUUGGGAAGAACUUGUACUGGGCAGACACAGGAACAAAUCGAAUUGAGGUGUCAAAGUUGGAUGGGCAGCACCGACAAGUUUUGGUGUGGAAAGACCUAGAUAGUCCCAGAGCUCUAGCAUUGGACCCUGCUGAAGGAUUUAUGUAUUGGACUGAAUGGGGUGGAAAACCUAAGAUAGACAGAGCUGCAAUGGAUGGAAGUGAACGUACUACCUUAGUUCCAAAUGUGGGGCGGGCAAAUGGCCUGACUAUUGAUUAUGCUAAAAGGAGGCUUUAUUGGACAGACCUGGACACCAACUUAAUAGAAUCUUCAAAUAUGCUUGGACUUAACCGUGAAGUUAUAGCAGAUGACUUGCCUCAUCCUUUUGGCUUAACUCAGUACCAAGAUUAUAUCUACUGGACAGACUGGAGCCGACGCAGCAUUGAGCGUGCCAACAAAACCAGUGGCCAAAACCGCACCAUCAUUCAGGGCCAUUUGGAUUAUGUGAUGGACAUCCUCGUCUUUCACUCCUCUCGGCAGUCAGGGUGGAAUGAAUGUGCUUCCAGCAAUGGGCACUGCUCCCACCUCUGCUUGGCUGUGCCAGUUGGGGGUUUUGUUUGUGGAUGCCCUGCCCACUACUCUCUUAAUGCUGACAACAAGACUUGUAGUGCUCCUACCACUUUCCUGCUCUUCAGUCAAAAGAGUGCCAUCAACCGCAUGGUGAUUGAUGAACAACAGAGCCCUGACAUCAUCCUUCCCAUCCACAGCCUUCGGAAUGUCCGGGCCAUUGACUAUGACCCACUGGACAAGCAACUCUAUUGGAUUGACUCACGACAAAACAUGAUCCGAAAGGCACAAGAAGAUGGCAGCCAGGGCUUUACUGUGGUUGUGAGCUCUGUUCCGAGUCAGAACCUGGACAUACAACCUUAUGACCUCAGCAUUGAUAUUUAUAGCCGCUAUAUCUACUGGACUUGUGAGGCUGCCAAUGUCAUUAAUGUGACAAGAUUAGAUGGGAGAUCAAUUGGAGUGGUGCUAAAAGGCGAGCAGGACAGACCUCGAGCCAUUGUGGUAAACCCAGAGAAAGGGUAUAUGUAUUUUACCAAUCUUCAGGAAAGGUCUCCUAAAAUUGAACGGGCUGCUUUGGAUGGGACAGAACGGGAGGUCCUCUUUUUCAGUGGCUUAAGUAAACCAAUUGCUUUAGCCCUUGAUAGCAGGCUGGGCAAGCUCUUUUGGGCCGAUUCAGAUCUCCGGCGAAUUGAAAGCAGUGACCUCUCAGGUGCUAACCGGAUAGUACUAGAAGACUCCAAUAUCUUGCAGCCUGUGGGACUUACUGUGUUUGAAAACUGGCUCUAUUGGAUUGAUAAACAGCAGCAAAUGAUUGAAAAAAUUGACAUGACAGGUCGAGAGGGUAGAACCAAAGUCCAGGCUCGAAUUGCCCAGCUUAGUGACAUUCAUGCAGUAAAGGAGCUGAACCUUCAAGAAUAUAGACAGCACCCUUGUGCUCAGGAUAAUGGUGGCUGUUCACAUAUUUGUCUUGUAAAGGGGGAUGGUACUACAAGGUGUUCUUGCCCCGUGCACCUGGUUCUGCUUCAAGAUGAGCUAUCAUGUGGAGAACCCCCAACAUGUUCUCCUCAGCAGUUUACUUGUUUCACGGGGGAAAUUGACUGUAUCCCUGUGGCUUGGCGAUGCGAUGGGUUUACUGAAUGUGAAGACCACAGUGACGAACUCAAUUGUCCCGUAUGCUCAGAGUCCCAGUUCCAGUGUGCCAGUGGGCAGUGUAUUGAUGGUGCCCUCCGGUGCAACGGAGAUGCAAACUGCCAGGACAAAUCAGAUGAGAAGAACUGUGAAGAUCCAACUGAAGAACCAGCACCACAGGCCACCAAUACAGUUGGUUCUGUUAUUGGAGUAAUUGUCACCAUUUUUGUGUCUGGAACCAUAUACUUUAUCUGCCAGAGGAUGUUGUGUCCACGUAUGAAAGGAGAUGGGGAAACCAUGACUAAUGACUAUGUAGUUCAUGGACCAGCUUCUGUGCCUCUUGGUUAUGUGCCACACCCAAGUUCUUUGUCAGGAUCUCUUCCAGGAAUGUCUCGAGGUAAAUCAAUGAUAAGCUCCCUCAGUAUCAUGGGGGGUAGCAGUGGACCCCCCUAUGAUCGAGCUCAUGUUACAGGAGCAUCAUCAAGCAGUUCUUCAAGCACCAAAGGCACUUACUUCCCUGCAAUUUUGAACCCUCCACCAUCCCCAGCCACAGAACGAUCACAUUACACUAUGGAAUUUGGAUAUUCUUCAAACAGUCCUUCUACUCAUAGGUCAUACAGCUACAGGCCAUAUAGUUACCGGCACUUUGCACCCCCCACCACACCCUGCAGCACAGAUGUUUGUGACAGUGACUAUGCUCCUAGCCGGAGAAUGACCUCAGUGGCAACAGCCAAGGGCUAUACCAGUGACUUGAACUAUGAUUCAGAACCUGUGCCCCCACCUCCCACACCUCGAAGCCAAUACUUGUCGGCAGAGGAGAACUAUGAAAGCUGCCCGCCUUCUCCAUACACAGAGAGGAGCUAUUCUCAUCACCUCUACCCACCGCCACCCUCUCCCUGUACAGACUCCUCCUGAGGAGGGGCCCUCCUCCUCUGACUGCCUCCAACGUAAAAAUGUAAAUAUACAUUUGGUUGAGAUCUGGAGGGGGGGAGGGAGCUUUUAGAGAAGGAUGAGGCAGACCAUGUACAGUUAAAAUUAUAAAAUGGGGUAGGGAAUACUGGAGAUAUUUGUACAGAAGAAAAGAAUAUUUAUAUAUUUUCUUAAAACAGCAGAUUUGCUGCUUGUGCCAUAAAAGUUUGUAUAAAAAAAUAAAUUUGUACUAAAAGUUUUAUUUUUGCAAACUAAAUACACAAAGCAUGCCUUAAACCCAGUGAAGCAACUGAGUACAAAGGAAACAGGAAUAAUAAAGGCAUCACUGACCAGGAAUGUCUGGGCUUUGCUGAUACCAAAAAAAAAAAGAGAGAGAGAAAGAAAAACUAUUAAGUCCAUCUCAGAGCAGCAAACCAUAGAUACUUGGUAGUAGCCAAAUAGCCUUCAGUUAACUAACAUUUGAGGGCCAACAAGUAAGAAAAGAAAAAAAAAAAAGAAAAAAAAAAAAAAAGUAAUUAAUACUAACCUUGGACAAGGUUAGUAUUUCUUGGAAUUUCUCUAGGAAUCCAACAAUAUUAGUGAGGAAAGUAGAUAUUUAUAAAAAUCCAUUCUGGGUGUUUCUGUUGUAGGAGGAUCAGCCCUCUGAUAAGAUGCUAUGAAGCUGUGUGUGUGCAAGUCUUCUGUCCCUACCUUUAGAAUUCAUACCUCUGUCAAAAAUGAAUUUUUUCUCUUGGUAUUUUUACCUUGCUGCCUCCCCCAGCAACUUGGUAGGUCAUUUUACCAAGAUACCAUGAUUUAUUUAAGCUUUUAAGCUGAGGCAUUGACUAAAUGGAAUUUUCUAAAUUAAAGUUUGAUUUUAAUAUUUCUACUAGCUCCAUUCCCCAGUAAGCUUAGCUCUUCAAUUCGACUGCUGUUUUUUGCAUAAUGAUCAAGACAUAUUAUUGCUCUUCUUCCAAGAUUGUUUUAAUGCUCAUUAAAAUGUCUUUUUACAACACGUAUAGACAAUGUUUAAGAAUUAAAAAUUUAACCAUUAUGUUUUUGUUGUAAUCAUAUAUCCUUGCACUACUUUCAGCAUAUAUCACAGUAUGAAAUCAUUUUUAUAUAUAUUUUUCUGAGUAAAACAUUUAAUUAUGUUCUGGUUAGAGACAAUCUACUUAAAAAGAAUUUUUUUCUUAUUAGGAUUUUCCCUAUAUUAACAGUUUUUGACGUUUUCAUGUUCUUUAGGCUGGUUUUUCUCAGAGUGAUGUCUACAUACAUGCCUCUUCUAAUGUGUGACACGAGUUCAACAUCUUCCCGUUACCCACUGUGAAUGUUAGGCUGUUUUCAGAUUAUCCACAAGUUAUUCUUGUAAUCACCUCAUAUUUUUACGUGCAUUCUCUCUUACCCAUUAUGGAUUAAGGUAAUUUAACAAAUUUAACAAUGGGGAUUAAAUGAGAAGGCCAACUAUUAACUUCUCAGCUGUCAGAAUUUGGGUAGAAGGAAUAAUGGCAGCCUCUUUCAUGAUCUGCCUGACCUGCUGUCAUGUAUGGUACUGGGGCUGCUAAUUCUUCCGCUAUCAGGGCUGACCUGUGGAAUGAUUCUAGUGCUUGCUCUGCCAUCUUGCUAGAAGUUAGUGUCCUGCUUUUUACACAUGUCUAGCAUUUCUCUGCUAAAAUUGAAUGUUUUAAAGCUAAUGUAUUUUUACCUUAAGAGAUGUUGGUUAGUUAAUUAUUGAUUUUUUUUUUUUUCUCUUUUAAUUCUGUUUUGCUAAGGCCUCUGGGUUUCAGGGCCCAAGAGAAAACAGUGGAAGAAAGGAUUCAGAAUUUUGGCAAGGGUGAAGUAACUUUUCAUGCAAUUAAAAAAUACCCAAGUAAAGUUUUUAAAGAGAAAAUUGUGGUUUUAGAAUAAUGCUAAUUGUUGGGUACGGUUUAUAAGAAUCAGGUGCACUUGAUUUUGCAUAUAAGCAAAUGGUAAAUUCAUCAGUGUCCUACUUUUCAGUCAGAUAAGCGUUAACGCUUCCUGUUGCUGGAACUAAGUGCCCACAGUCUCAGAUGAAAUGGACAUUGAACUUGCAUUCUGUGAUACACAGGGGCACUUGAUGCCUAAACGAAGAUGGAAAGGUUAGCAAUAACUGGGUGUCGAUUAGAAUCUGAGAAUUCUAUAUGUUUACAUUUUUAAAUGUGCAUCUUUAUCUGGUAGGCUUCCCAUGUGGGAACUUGCACUAUCAUAAACUAAGAAGAAUAUGCCUUGUUUAUCCCAGUCCAGGUGCUUGUACUGCGAUGGCAAUGGCCUCUUCUUGCAAAAUACUAAUUUGUGUGCCAAUUUGUUUAAAGUUAUUUGAAGGCAGUUCAGCUUAAACUCAGUAUUCUCUUUCUGGGGUAGAUGAGAUGGAUUCUUAAUAUUUCUGGGAGUACUUUUUAAUGAAAGAAUUGUGAAAUUUGGAAAGAUUUAUUGACUGUUAUGUUAAAUGGACAGUUAAGCUUAAGUAAACUGUAUAUUGAUUAUUAAACAAGAACUGUAUUGGAAAAGCUGAGAGGAAAUACAUAAGACCACAAAUUAGGGGGAAAAAAGAAAAGGGAUUUUAAAAUUUGGCAUAUUAAAUUCAUUGUCCAAGGGGCAAAAUGAAUGCUUCAUUAGAUUCCUUAUAUGCAAAAGUAUUUAUUUUGAACAUGUGUCAUAAAAUAUUCGCACUAACUGAUGUGAUUAAAAUUAUCUGAGAAAUAAACUUGAGCGUAACAUACUUUCUGUGCACCACAGUAA